UUAUGUCCAAAAAACAUGCUGAAGCUCCCGAAUCGAUCAAAGCUUGUAAGUUUAUUUGGAAACCAUCCGGCAGGUGUAGGUGCAAUGUUGGUGUGAGCGCUGAUACAGUUCCUAAUGAUAUGUCCUGGUUCACCACAGUAAAGACAAAGGUUGUUGGUGCGACGUCAUUUCUUCUCCUCCUCAGACAGUGGCUUGAAUCUUAUGGUGUCUAUUUGCAUGGGCACUCUGACAGAGGCUGUUGA